UUACUUUUCGUCUCUAUUGUUCCCAUUUUCCCCCUUGUUCGCUUACUUUUUAUGGCCUGUUGUGAAGUUCAUAAUUUUUAUUCAUCAUGGUUCAAAGGUUUUAUAAGUAAACAAAUUACUUAUGGGUUUUCUAAUAAAAGAAAAGAAAGUAACUGAGAGAAGUUUAUCGAAUUCUAUUAUAAUUUUUGCUGUAGAUGAUGGAGAGGAUGCACAUUUCACAUCUUCAUCUGUUUUAUAUCUCGUAUUUAAUGAUUUCUAUUGUGAUGGUGUUGACAGAAUCAACAUGCGACUUCUUUUACAACCUUGGAAACUUUUAUCAGCAAUACUGUUGCUAAUAUUGGGCACACCGCUUUCUCAUGCGUUAUGGAAGAGUGAAAGUAAAAUCAAGGAAGCUGUUUUCCUUUCCCCUAAGUUUGAACUAGGACCAGGAUCGGUUGAAAACAAAUUUUACUAUGAUAUAGACUUUCCAAGAAGUCAUAUUGCACUCAAGAGUUUCAAUGGUGAAGUAGUUGAUGAAGAAGGCAAUUCUGUGCCUCUUCAUGAGACUUAUCUCCAUCAUUGGGUUGUUGUUAGAUACCAUCAACGUAAAGGAGUGUCACUCAAAAGUAAUGAUGGCCAUCGGGUGCUUAGUGAGUCAAACCCAAAUCACAUUCUGGUGAAAAACAGUGGCAUAUGCCAGGGUAAUUCUCUUGGACAGUAUUUUGGCCUUGGAUCUGAAACACGGGGAACAGCUACAGAUAUUCCAGAGCCUUUUGGGAUAGAAAUAGGUAAUCCUGCAAACAUUCCAGAGGGGUAUGAGGAGAAAUGGAUGCUUAAUGUGCAUGCCAUUGAUACUAGAGGUGUAGAAGAUAGGCUGGGGUGCACUGAGUGCAAGUGUGAUCUUUAUAACAUCACUGUGGAUGAAUAUGGUCGGCCUUUGAGGCCUGAUUAUUUAGGCGGCCUGCUAUGCUGCUAUCAUAAAACUCAAUGCAGGGUGAAGGAAGGCUUUGAGGGACCAAGGAGAAGCCUCUACUUGAGAUAUACAAUUAAGUGGGUUGAUUGGAGUGAUUUGAUAGUUCCUGUUAAGAUUUAUAUACUUGACGUGACUGAUAGUUUGCAAGUACCAAAUGGUUCAAAUUCAAAAGCUUUGAGUACAAAGCAUAACUGCAAGGUUGAGUAUCAAGUUGAGUCUUGCAUCAAUAAUCAGAAGGAUGGCAGUGGAUGCAUUGAUGUCAAGAGAACAAGCCUCCCAAUGCCAAGAGGUGGCUAUGUCAUCUAUGGUGUGGCUCAUCAACAUUCAGGUGGAAUUGGUUCAACUCUGUAUGGGCAGGAUGGAAGGGUUAUAUGUUCUUCAAUGCCAAGUUAUGGAACUGGAAAGGAGGCAGGGAAUGAAGAAGGCUACAUUGUAGGAAUGACCACUUGUUAUCCUCAACCUGGUUCUGUCAAGAUAAUCGAUGGUGAAACUGUGACUCUGGAAUCCAACUACAGCCGCAGCUGCCGGCCACACACUGGAGUUAUGGGGCUCUUCUACCUCUUGGUCGCAGAACAGCUGCCAGACCAAGUCUCGAGACAAUCUUCUCGUGCUUCAUUAUUUGCCAAUAUAGACAAUAUAUUUAACUGAUAGUCAGUUUGUAGCAUUUUAGAUAGAGUCCAGUCUCUGGCUUAUAUCUUAAAAAUAUCUCUGUAGUAUCUUGGACAGCUCAAGCAAGAGCUGUCUUGGCGACAAUCUUACUGAAUUGUUGUCUUAAAAAAUAAUGCAAUAUUUUGUAGCAAUGGGUGUAUUCCAUGUAGUUACUAUAUAUAUAUAUGUAUGUAUUUAUACUGUGAGUAGAUGAUUAAGUACAAUUCUAUAUUAUGUGUCUUCCUCUA